GAAGAAGACGGAAGUAGAUUGUUUGCAUGGAAGAGGUUAGUGCUAGCACUGCUGACCCUAGUGAUGUGGGUUCAUCCAAAGCUUGAACGGAUACUGGAGAAUGAAUGCUACUCUUUUGUCGAGUCCAGGUCCUCAUAUCUCCUCUACACUAGGAAGAGCUUUGUGGGGAAUGUCCCCAUUCUGGACUACAAGGUCACAGAGUUGACCAGCUUUGACUCUGGGUUUGAGCUGCGUAGUCUGGACCCGGGGGGGGUGAUGUUCUUUGGGGACAUCGACGGGCAGCAGAACUACUUCCUGCUGGCGGUGGUCCAUGGGAAUCUGAGCGUCCAGACGAGCCGCGGGGACAGACAGGUCCUCGUCACCUCAUGGCCAAGAUUGAGUAAUGGAUUAUGGAUGCCGAUUACAGUGAUGAAACAGGAGGGAGCUGUGGCUGUGCGCGUGGGCUCGGAGGCAGUCGUCACAGUUCAGCAGUCCGCUGAGAGCCACAUGGCCGAGAUAGUGCUGCUGGGAAGCUCUUCAGCUGAGCCAGAUGGUGCAGACUGGACUCUCUCUGUGGAGCUAGCUCUCAGAACCGUUUCAUUCAGAGGCUCUCUCCUCAUCCUCGUAGACACUCAGAAUGACUACAUUCUCUCCUUGAAACUCAACCACCCUUCACAGGUGAGGCCAGAACAGCUGGUGAUUGGCAUGGGCGUAACCAAGGCAACCAUGAAGUUGACAGAUGGGGACUAUGAGCUCCUGAAGAGGGUGUUGAGCCAACCAGGGAGCAUGGUGUAA